GCGGGACUCGGCAGGUCCAGCGCGGCCCAAUCACCGGCCGCGGGGUCCGGGCGAACCAAUGAGAGCGCAGAGACCGCGGCGGACGAACGCGGAGGCUGGAUUUUCCCGCGAAAGUCGCCGGCGGCGGAGCGUGGAGGCGCAGUCAUGUCCGGCUUCGACGACCCCGGCAUUUUCUACAGCGACAGCUUCGGCGGCGACCCGGGCGCUGAUGAGGGUCAGGCCCGCAAGUCGCAGCUGCAGAGACGCUUCAAGGAGUUCCUGCGGCAGUACCGGGUGGGCACCGACCGCACGGGCUUCACCUUCAAAUACAGGGAUGAACUGAAGCGGCAUUACAACCUGGGAGAGUACUGGAUUGAGGUGGAGAUGGAGGACCUGGCUAGCUUUGAUGAGGACCUGGCUGACCACUUGUAUAAGCAGCCAGCUGAGCAUCUGCAGCUGCUUGAGGAAGCUGCCAAGGAGGUAGCUGAUGAGGUGACCCGGCCCCGCCCUGCUGGUGAUGAGCUGCUCCAGGAUGUCCAGGUCAUGCUUAAGUCAGAUGCCAGCCCAUCCAGCAUUCGGAGUCUGAAGUCAGACAUGAUGUCACACCUGGUAAAGAUCCCGGGCAUUAUCAUUGCUGCCUCUGCGGUUCGUGCCAAGGCCACCCGCAUCUCCAUCCAGUGCCGCAGCUGCCGUAACACCCUUACCAACAUUGCCAUGCGCCCUGGUCUGGAGGGCUAUGCCCUGCCCAGGAAGUGCAACACGGAUCAGGCUGGACGCCCCAAGUGCCCAUUGGACCCGUACUUUAUCAUGCCUGACAAGUGCAAGUGUGUGGACUUCCAGACCCUGAAACUGCAGGAACUGCCUGAUGCAGUGCCUCAUGGUGAGAUGCCCAGGCACAUGCAGCUCUACUGUGACAGGUACCUGUGUGACAAGGUUGUUCCUGGGAACAGGGUCACCAUCAUGGGCAUCUACUCCAUCAAGAAGUUUGGCCUGAACUCCAGCAAGGGCCGGGACAGGGUGGGUGUGGGCAUCCGGAGUUCCUACAUCCGGGUCCUGGGCAUCCAGGUGGACACAGAUGGCUCUGGCCGCAGCUUUGCUGGGUCUGUGAGCCCACAGGAGGAGGAAGAAUUCCGUCGCCUGGCUGCCCUCCCCAACAUCUAUGACCUUAUCUCCAAGAGCAUUGCCCCCUCCAUCUUUGGGGGCAUGGACAUGAAGAAGGCUAUUGCCUGCCUGCUCUUUGGGGGCUCCCGGAAGAGGCUCCCUGAUGGACUCACUCGCCGAGGUGACAUCAACCUGCUGAUGCUGGGGGACCCUGGCACAGCCAAGUCCCAGCUUCUGAAGUUUGUGGAGAAAUGCUCUCCCAUUGGGGUAUACACAUCUGGGAAAGGCAGCAGUGCUGCUGGUCUGACUGCCUCAGUGAUGCGGGACCCCUCAUCCCGGAACUUCAUCAUGGAGGGUGGCGCCAUGGUUCUGGCCGAUGGUGGGGUUGUCUGUAUCGACGAGUUUGACAAGAUGCGAGAAGAUGACCGUGUAGCAAUCCAUGAAGCCAUGGAGCAGCAGACCAUCUCCAUUGCCAAGGCUGGGAUCACUACUACCUUGAACUCUCGCUGCUCUGUUCUGGCUGCAGCCAACUCAGUGUUUGGCCGCUGGGAUGAGACGAAAGGAGAGGACAACAUUGACUUCAUGCCCACCAUCUUGUCCCGAUUUGACAUGAUCUUCAUUGUCAAGGAUGAGCACAAUGAGGAGAGGGACAUGAUGCUGGCCAAACAUGUGAUCACUCUGCAUGUGAGUGCACUGACACAGACACAGACUGUGGAGGGCGAGAUCGACCUGGCCAAACUGAAGAAGUUCAUUGCCUACUGCCGAGCGAGAUGUGGCCCUCGGCUGUCGGCAGAGGCGGCAGAGAAGCUGAAGAACCGCUAUAUCAUCAUGCGGAGUGGAGCACGUCAGCACGAGAGGGACAGUGACCGCCGCUCCAGCAUCCCCAUCACUGUGCGGCAGCUGGAAGCCAUUGUGCGCAUUGCUGAGGCCCUCAGCAAGAUGAAACUGCAGCCCUUUGCCACUGAGGCAGAUGUGGAGGAGGCCUUGAGGCUCUUCCAGGUGUCCACACUGGAUGCUGCUUUGUCUGGCACUCUGUCAGGGGUGGAAGGCUUCACCAGCCAGGAGGACCAGGAGAUGCUGAGCCGUAUUGAGAAACAGCUCAAGCGCCGCUUUGCCAUUGGCUCCCAGGUGUCUGAGCACAGCAUCAUCCAGGACUUUACCAAGCAGAAGUACCCGGAGCAUGCCAUCCACAAGGUGCUGCAGCUCAUGUUGCGCCGGGGCGAGGUCCAACACCGCAUGCAGCGCAAAGUGCUCUACCGCCUCAAGUGAGCCCCUUGGCCUUCUGCCUGGAACAGCUUUGCUGCCACCCCCCACCCCCAGUGCUGUCCUGUACUCCACACUGCCACCACCGUGGAGGAGAACCUGCCUCACUGCCUGGCUCAUGCCUCCAAUGUAUCCACGGCACCUGGAAAUGUGUUGUUCCCAUAAACUGUGUGUUUGGGUGUCUGAGGGCUCUGCUCUGGUGUCUCUUACUGCCCUGCUGCCUCAAGGUGGGUCUGGAGCAGGAUGUGGCUCUGGAGGCAGACAGGGUUUCCACAUUGGCUCCUGGCUGCUUGAUUGUACACAGCUUCUUUGUGUUUUCAGAGGAAAUAAAGCGAGUUCCUGGCUGCUGAGAGCAGCAGA